CGUGUACGUGCGCGCACACGGGAGCUUCUGCGCUAAAACAAGGUUACGGAAUCCAGCCUCGCCCCUAAAGAGGCGAAGCUCCGCUGACACUCGCUCGGUUCAGUUCAGUCGGAGGGCAUUCCCCCCCACCACCUCCUGCGUGGGGUGGAAGGGCGGGCAUUGUUUGGACAGAGUGGAUCAGUCCCAGAGCCGCUGCUGCUGGGCAACAUCUGUUCGUGAUGUCGAUGCUGAGGCACAGAUCAACCUGGAACUAAGACAAGGAAACCACGUCGCACACAACAUGGUGGAUGCAAGGUUAACGCCCCUGGCAGCAGUGGGGCUGGAGCGGAGUACACUGAUACAUGACCUCCGCCUCCAUGGUGGGGUUGUGUAUCCAGGAAUAAGAGCACUGCCAGCGGAGAAGACUCGAGAUACCCCGGCCCUCCCGCUCACUUAUAACAGGGAUGCACUCCCGGAACUCAUUUACAAGCCCGAUGCCUCUCUAGACAGUCGCAAGUCCACGAAUGGAUACCUGGGGCUUUACAAGGGCGCCCAUCCAAGUCUUCAUAAGCCUGUGCUGGUUCCUGGGGCUGAGGGUCUUGGUAUAGAACGCAGAGUAGGACCUGGGGAGAAGGCUUCAGAGUUGAGUUUGGCUGGUGCUGGUGGCAGCUACCUCCGCAUGCCAUGGCUCAGUCCAUACGCCGAAGCGAGCAUGUUUCCCUUCAUGGACACUUCCAAGUACGCAGCUCUAAACAUGUACAAAGCUUCACUGCUCAGCCAGCCCAACCCGUAUCUCCCCCAGCACCUGCCCUACCCACCUUUGUGUGCAGCCCAGGGGGCCAAUGUUACCUCUGCUGCAGCUGUUUCUGCUGCUGAGAGGCUUUAUUAUAUGCCUCCAUAUCCUCCCCCACCAAUUUCUUCCUCCCUGGUGGCACCUCCCAUGAGGAUUCCGGCAGUCACGGUGGCCCCCACGUCGCUGGUACACUGCCAAGACAAAGGGCUUGGUGUUGCAUCUCCCUUUGGACAGCAGCUUCAUCAAGCCUCUCCUCAUCCUCAGCACCAUCAGGCAGCUAUAGACAGAGAGCGGUCUCCGAGCAGGAGCAGCAGACCGAGCAGACCUCCCUCUAGGAAGGGCACAAGCAACAACAAUAACACCAGUAGUACCAGUACUACUGGCACCAGUGUUGAGAAUAAUAACAGUCUGCCUGCUGAUUCUUCUCAUGUGACUGCUCGCCUCUCCCAGCCCCCCACUCUGCCUGCUCGCACUGAUAAAGCACUGGAUUUACAAAGGCCAGUUGCCCGGAUAGGGCAACCAUCCACCUCYGUGUCUUCAGUGUCUGUGUCAUCGUCCUCCACGCAGUCCGUUCCUCAUCCCUUUUCAGUUAACAGCAUGGCAUCGGAGCAGCCCUCCCCUGCCCGACCCAGCCCUCAUAAGUCCAGACCAAGAGACACAGCCUCCGAGCACAGAGCUGCAGGGGAAAAAGUACGCAGCAGAUCUCCUUCCAAAGUUAAUUUUGAGAGGCCUGCUCACCAAUCCCAAGCAACCAAAGACUCAGCAGAGAAGCCCCUGGAUYUGUCUGGAAGAAUGAUGGACUUUGGGCUUCCUGCCAAUGGAUUUCCAGUUAAGCUUGACACAAUGGCGUCGGGCGCACGUUACGCACUUCCCGCCAGCCGAGAGCUUCUAAAAGAAAACAUGUCUCUCUCUCCCUCUUCUCAUCCUCAUUCUGUGGUCAGCAGCACUUCUUCAAAUGUCUCUGAGAGGCCAGAGAUGAUAAGCACUUUACACUCAUCCUGGAUUGUACCGAGUCCGUCUCCCUCCCAGCACACAACAGGCUUGCCAUCCUCUCCGAGGUCUAACACAGACCUGGGCCUUUCACAAGCCAAAGGCACCUCAUCCUCAGUUAUCAAAAACAAGAGCCUGGAGAGGGUUCUCCCUCAACAACGAAGCUCUUCUUGCCCAAGGAUUGGAGACMCUAGCCAAACCGUUCCCUCUUCUCAGCCAUCUGGUCCUUCUCUGAUUAGCUCUAGGGCUUUUUCUCCCAAAGCUAGUGGGGAGUGGGACAAACAUAGCCCUAGCCAGUCAGAGCUUCACAGAGAGGCAACAGAAAAGCCCUCCCAGGCUAUUAAGAGAGGUGAACCAGCUCCAGAUGUGUCAUCAUACAAGAGGCCAUGUUUGGAAAAUGGUCACCCCACUGCCCACAUUUAUCUUCCUCAGAGUGAAGCUUAUCUGAACCCCAGCUUGGCUUAUGCCAACAGAUAUCUGCAGUACCCCAUCCCUGACAGCAUGGCUAUACACUCUGUGUCAAUUUCAGGGAAAGGCCCGGUCUACCCUCCUUCAGUACUGCUGGGCAAUAACAGCCUUUACCCAACACACUUGGCAGCAAAACACCCUUUACCCUACCACAACCUCCCCACUGGUUCAGGAGGGGAAUACCUCUCUUAUAACUCACAAGAGAUGACCCAUCCACUGAUGCAGACACACCCUGACAACAAGCUGCCAGAGAGAGCAGAUGCAACACUGAAACCCAGAGGACAGGAAAAGUCACGGGGGGCUGCUGAAGAAUGUGGGAGCCACAGAGAUCACAAUACUGGGAAAGAGACAGGCGAAGGCAACCAAAUGAAGCAUGACAGGGAAGGACAUUAUGGCAAUCAAAGCAAAAACUCCUCCUCGUCUGCAGCAUCCAGAGAAAAGAUUGUCUGCAUUGACCUUGUACACUCAGACACAGAUAUUGAGUCUACCCCACCAGUCCACAAACAGCCUUCUGCCGAGGUUAGCAACAAGGUUAACCAAAAUGAAUGUCAUACUAACCAAAAUCUGAUAAAGACUGACCGUGGAACAAAACAUCAACUGUAUCUGAGCCACUCUGAACAGAACCCCAUUCUAAAGCCCGUCAACGGACAGCAGCAAACUCUUUCUGGCAAAGUGAGGGUUCCCCAAGACACAGCCUAUUCUACACUGACAGUUAGUACAUCCCAUACGUCUCCAGGGGACGUCUCCCAAGCAGAGGACAGCUCAGAGGAGCGAAGCCUCAGCCCAGACCCUGGAGACCAAGACCAGAGCACCUUGCGUUGUGCUCGCACCUCAGGGGAGCGCAGCUCCGGUAAGGACAGAAGCGAUGGAGCUCCUCAUUUCACACAUCACACUGCUAGAAUCCUGGAGUCGUCGGACCAGGGUGAACGGGAGACUGACAAAGAGGACAGUAUUGUUGAUUUAGGGGAGUCCCAUGGAGAGGGGGAUGAUGAAGAAGAGGAGGGUGGUCAGACAUCAUCUAAAAACUGUCGUAGAUCCAGUUUGGCUAAAAGGAUAGCCAACUCAUCGGGCUACGUUGGCGACCGUUUUAAAUGCGUCACCACAGAGCUGUAUGCUGACUCCAGCAAGCUGAGCCGCGAGCAGAGAGCCUUGCAGAUGGAAGUCUUAUCACGAGAGGGGAGUAAUAUAAGCCAACCUGCAGCUAUCUGGGAGCGGGCGAUGAUGCGGUUCUCCGAGCUGGAGCUGAAGGAGAAGGAGGGCGGCGGCGGAGUGUGUGUCUCUGCCUCGGCAGCAGGACGGGAGCUGGCAGACGGCCAGCGCAGAGAGCGAAUGCUGGAGCACUGCCAGCACACCGCCAGGCAGGCAGAGAGGGAGGGUGUCCGUCCAGUGUACACAAACAACAGAGUUCCAGUUCUCCAGAGGUGUGGGGCCCAGAGGGAGCCUUUGUCCCCAGCUCAUGGGGCCCAAGAUGGAGCCAGGAAGGCGAUGAGAGAAUCUGAGGACGCUCUUUGUAUGCCACCCACUCUGACACCGUCAAAAGGAUUCCUAGAGGAAAAGGUCGGCCCUGGCUUCGGACCCGCCAGGAAACGCCUACUCAUCGUCAAGGCAGAGCAGGAAGACUCGCAGGAUGGAGACCGGGCUUCCCACCCUGAGAAGAGAGUCAAGCUUUCAGCGGAUGAGCACGAGCAGACCAGCCCAGAUGAAGACGACGACGAUGAGGAGGUGCGGAAACUCAAGGUCUGCAUCGAACUCAAGGGACUCCGACUCAGCAAGCCCGCUGCAGGUGCUGCUGUGUCACCUGACCGCUCUCAGGUCAAACUGGAGCAGGUCUGGUCCCAGCCCCGGCUGCCAAACCCAGCCCUAAACCAACGGGAACGCAAAAUGAGACUGAGUGAAGGCGAGGACAGGGCCGCGGCGCACAGACACGACAUCAACAGGAAAUGGGGCUGCGAGAAGCUACCUAAUGGAGUAGCUGCCCUUCCCCCCGGCCAGCUGAAGGACAGAGAGCACCAGCCAAACCUCUUCUCAGGUGACCGUGGCCUCAAGGAGCCCAGGAGGGGCCCCCAAUCCCCAGUCCCAGAGCUGUGCGUGGGAGGCACCCCUCCCCUCAAGCCCCGUCGCCACAGUGACACUGACAAACCCAAGGGCAAGCGGCCGUGCAAGACCAAACACACCAGCCAGAGGGAGAGGGAGAAGAGGAAGGAGGCUGCGCCUGCCAGCCUGGGCCAGCGCUCCGCGGCUGAUCUAGGAGCAGUGGAAGACAAGCCGACUGAGCAGCGCAGCGCUCCGAGGAAGAGAGACGCCUCUCCUAAUCAUUAUCCCAGCUCUCCGCUGAAGCCCAGCUCCCCCACCGCCGCGCUCUGUCCGCCCUCCCUGCAGCCCCAGGCGAACAGCAGAGCGCCACCGGAGGAGGCAGCGGGACUGCACGGGACCCCCCCUCCACCAGACCCCUCACCCAUGCGUCCCAUCCCACCAGAGGCUCGGCGGCUGAUCGUGAACAAGAACGCCGGGGAGACUCUGCUGCAGAGAGCGGCACGGCUCGGCUACGAGGAGGUGGUGCUGUACUGUCUGGAGAACAGAGUCUGCGAGGUGAAUCACAGAGACUACGCAGGUUACUGCGCUCUGCAUGAGGCGUGCGCCCGCGGCUGGCUCACUAUAGUCCAACACCUGCUAGACUAUGGGGCCGACAUCAACUGCAGCGCACAGGACGGGACCAGACCGAUUCAUGACGCUGUGGAGAAUGAUCACCUGGAUGUGGUGCGGGUCCUGCUGUCGUAUGGAGCCGACCCCACCCUGGCCACCUACUCUGGCCGGGGUCUCCUCAAAAUGACUCACAGCGACAGCAUGGAGCGCUUCCUCACCGAUUAUUUCGCUGACCUUCAGGGCCGCUCAGAUGACGACCCAGGGCUUUAUUGGGAGUUCUAUGGCAGCGUUGUGUGUGAAUCUAGUGAAGAGGGUGGAGUUUAUGACGUACUUGCAGACCCACCAGGCCCRGAUGAUGAGGAAGAGGAUGAUAAAAGGGAGUUGUUUGAGUUCGAGUUCUCCGAUCGACCUCUGCUGCCUUGCUACAACAUCCAGGUGUCCCUGUCCCAGGGACCAAGAAACUGGCUACUGCUGUCUGACGUGCUCCGGCGGCUGCGGAUGUCGGCUCGCGCCUUCCGGCAGACCUUCCCCCACAUGGAGGUGGUGACGGUGGCAGAGGCGGAGUUCUACCGCCAAGCGUCUCUGUCGCAGCUCUUCUCUUGUCCGGAGGAGUUGGAGGGCUUCCACCCUGACAGCAAGGAGCUGCUUGACCUGGUGGAGGACAGCGCCGAGCUGGCCGCCCUGCUGGGCUCAACACUGGAGUGUCUGGACGACCGCUGGGACCACCCAGGGGACAAACUAAAGGACAAAAUCAAGGCAGUCGGCAAGUUGGGCUCCUUCUGACGCUUUGACCUGCUGAACUUUGACCUUGUUCUUUUUUUCCCAAAUGGAGUUUGCUUUAGAACCAAUGAGAGGUUACAACAAUAUGCCUUAGCCUGACCUGGACCGGCACCGGUCCACUGUACUGAUGAACUGACCUACUGCCUGACUGGGUUGUUGAAUCAUUUCMCUCCAUUAACUAAGAAUCGUUUGUGACACAAGAGACUUCAUAAUGGUCUUAUUUUUAUAAAUUAAUAUAUGUAUAAAUAAAUAUAUACAGUAUAUAUAAUAUUGAGUUGUUUUGUUUUUUAGAUGUUGCUUUGACUCCUCUGUAAGACUUUGUAUAGCAGCAGAGUGCGGCCAUUGUGUGUGAGCGCACAGCACUUUGUGCAUGUGUUUAGAUGUACAGACUAGUCCCGAAGCUGUGCUGUUCAAUCUGGUUUUUGAGUUUAUAGGAAGCACAUGAUGUCCUUUUUUUCCUCCUCUCCUCAAACUUUAGUGCUCGCUUGAGCCUCAGGGGCUUUUUUGUUGUAAUGUUUUUAUUUUCAGUUGAUUUUUUUUCCCUUUUGCUUUCUGAUUAAGCUGUAAUUUAACAAGCAAAACGGCAACCUUUUUUGUAUAGUAAAGUUUUAAGACAAUGUUGAUAAUUCCCCCUGCGGCACAGAGCUUUGUACAUAACAGGGAGGCUACUGCAGUAAAGUAAAUUUUUGGUGUGCUCAGUUUGUUUUUUUGUUUUAACUUUGUAAUUAAAAUAUCCCAUAAUUUG